GUGAAAAACUGAUUGAAGGGCAAGUCAUUGAACUUGAAGAUGGGACUACGGCUUAUAUCCAUCAAGUGACGGUUCAGAAAGAGUCUGUGGCUUUUGAAGACGGGCAGCCAGUAGUGUUGGAAGAUGGCAGUAUGGCCUACAUACACAGCGUGGCUAAAGAAAGUUUUGACCCCAGCACCUUUGAGGCUGUCCAGCUGGAGGAUGGCUCCACUGCCUACAUACAUCGUCCUGUCAUCAUGCCACCUGGCAGCACCAUCCUGGAAGUGCAGGCAGAAACUGGGCUGGAGGAGUUGGCUGGAGAGGAGGAAGACGAUGCCUUUGAUGUUGAGACCAUUAAUGCAUUAAAGCAGUACGCCAGUAAGGUGUCUGACGAGAAAGAGGAGGGAGUGACAAACACCUGCCAUAUGAAGAGUGCGGAUUCCAGCAGCAUCCCUUCCCAGGGUUUGCAGGAGGAGGAAGUGCACAGCAAUGAGAAGGGGCAGCAGGUUGGCAGUAGAGCUUUCCGUUGUGGGUACAAAGGCUGUGGCCGCCUCUAUACCACAGCCCACCAUCUAAAGGUACAUGAGCGUGCUCACACAGGUGACCGGCCAUAUACGUGCGACUUCCCAAGCUGUGGGAAAGCAUUUGCUACAGGGUAUGGGCUGAAGAGCCACAUGAGAACACACACUGGUGAGAAACCAUACAAGUGUCCAGAAGACAUGUGUAGCAAAGCCUUCAAAACCUCUGGGGAUCUACAGAAGCACAUCCGGACACACACAGGUGAGCGUCCCUUCAAGUGCCCCUUUGUGGGCUGUGGCCGCUCUUUCACCACAUCCAACAUCCGCAAGGUUCACAUCCGGACGCACACGGGCGAGCGGCCGUACAUGUGUCCGGAGCCCAGCUGCGGAAGGGGCUUCACCAGUGCCACCAAUUACAAGAACCACAUGAGAAUCCACACAGGAGAGAAGCCGUACAUGUGCACUGUGCCGGGCUGUGGAAAGCGCUUCACGGAGUACUCCAGCCUCUACAAGCACCACGUGGUCCACACGCACUGCAAGCCCUACACCUGCAAUAGCUGUGGGAAGACCUACCGCCAGACCUCCACGCUCGCCAUGCACAAGCGCAGCAGCCACGGCGAGCUGGAGGCCACAGAGGAGAGUGAACAGGCCCUCUAUGAACAGCAGCAGCUGGAGGCUGCUGCUGCUGACAGAAGCUCCCCCCUGAAGAGCCAGCGUGUUGCUUUCUUGUCAGAGAUGGAGGAAGAAGAAGAGGAAGAGGAAGAUGGAGAUGGUAUGCCUACGCAGGUCUCACUUAUCUCUCAGGAUGGGACAGAGCAGGUCAGGCUGUCGCAGGAAGACUUGCAGGCCCUGGGCAGUGCAAUCAGCAUGGUGACACAGAGCGGUGCCCUCGCUGUGCCCAAGGAAGAGCUGGCAGGUGGUGACACGCACACUGUGACUGGGGCCUUUUGCGCAGCCGGUACAGACAGAACUGAGACAUUCCCGGUUACCAUAGUCACUUCUGGGGCAGUCGUGUCUGAAGAAUCAGCCAUCACAUCCCUCCAUCAUCAGCAGGUGGCAUUGCUGGCGACCACCAAUGGCACCCACAUUGCAGUGCAGUUGGAAGAGCAGCAGAGCCUGGAGGAAGCCAUCAGCAUGGCCACGGCAGCAAUCCAGCAUGAACCUGUAACGCUUGACGCAGCCGUGUCUGAGAACGGGUGCUGA